GGCGCCUGCGCAGACCCUGAAAAUCGGCUGGAGUGGCCGCGAGCUUUCCUUUUCCGGUAGUGGCGCCUCGCGGUCCGCAUCGCGUGCUCGCAGUCUGUAGCCAUGCCGUCCAAGGGGCCACUCCAGUCCGUGCAGGUCUUCGGACGCAAGAAGACGGCCACGGCUGUGGCUCACUGUAAACGUGGCAACGGGCUCAUCAAGGUGAACGGGCGGCCGCUGGAGAUGAUCGAGCCGCGCACGCUGCAGUACAAGCUGCUGGAGCCCGUCUUGCUUCUGGGCAAGGAGAGGUUUGCCGGCGUGGACAUCCGUGUCCGUGUGAAGGGUGGUGGUCACGUGGCGCAGAUCUAUGCCAUCCGCCAGUCCAUCUCCAAAGCGCUGGUGGCCUAUUACCAGAAAUAUGUGGAUGAGGCUUCCAAGAAGGAGAUCAAAGACAUCCUCAUCCAGUAUGACCGUACCCUGCUGGUUGCUGAUCCCCGCCGCUGCGAGUCCAAGAAGUUUGGAGGCCCUGGCGCCCGCGCUCGCUACCAGAAAUCCUACCGAUAGGCCUGCACUAGGAUCGGGGGUUGGCUUUAUAAUAAAUGGAGGUUGCGGGAUUGUGA